GGAUACACGUUACGCCACGAUUUUGAGUCAGAAGAGAGAUUUCAAGAAAUGGCAGAUCUAUUCACUCUAUCAAUAACCGAGCCGGAUCUGGUGUAUCAUAAGGGAUUUGCCUUUUCUAUUGAUUCCUACGGAUUGGAUCAAAGACAAUUCUUGAAGGAGGUUUUCAACUCCAGGGAUGAAUUGAAAAAGAAAUCUUUAUUGGUUCUACCUCCUAUUUUUUAUGAAGAAAAUGAAUCUUUUUAUCGAAGGAUCAGAAAAAAUUGGGUCCGGAUCUCCUGCGGGAAUUUUUUUGAAGAUCCAAAACCAAAAGAGUGGUAUUUGCUAGCAACAACAUAAUGGAGGCAGUCAAUCAAUAUAGAUUGAUCCGAAAUCUGAUUCAAAUCCAAUUCCAAUAUAGUCCCUAUGGGUACAUAAGAAAUGUAUUGAAUCGAUUCUUUUUAAUGAAGAGACCUGAUCGCAACUUCGAAUAUGGAAUUCAAAGGGAUCUAAUAGGAAAUGAUACUCUGAAUCAUAGAACUAUAAUGAAAGAUACGAUCAACCAACAUUUAUCGAAUUUGAAAAAGAGUCAGAAGAAAUGGUUCGAUCCUCUUAUUUUUCUUUCUCGAACCGAGAGAUCCAUAAAUCGGGAUCCUAAUGCAUAUAGAUACAAAUGGUCCAAUGGGAGCAAGAAUUUCCAGGAGCAUUUGAAACAUUUCGUUUCUGAGCGGAAGAGCCGUUUUCAAGUAGUGUUCGAUCGAUUAUGUAUUAAUCAAUAUUCGAUUGAUUGGUCUGAGGUUAUUGAUAAAAAAGAUUUGUCUAAGUCACUUCGUUUCUUUUUGUCCAAGUUACUUCGUUUUUUGUCCAAGUUACUUCUCUUUUUGUCUAACUCACUUCCUUUUUUCUUUGUGAGUUUCGAGAAUAUCCCCAUUCAUAGGUCUGAGAUCCACAUCUAUGAAUUGAAAGGUCCGAACGAUCAACCCUGCAAUCAGUUGUUAGAAUCAAUAGGUCUUCAAAUCGUUCAUUUUAAAAAAUUGAAACCCUUUUUAUUGGAUGAUCAUAAUACUUCUCAAAAAUCGAAAUUCUUGAUCAAUGGAGGAACAAUAUCACCAUUUUUGUUCAAUAAGAUACCAAAGUGGAUGAUUGACUCAUUCCAUACUAGAAAGAAUCGCAGGAAAUCUUUUGAUAACACGGAUUCCUAUUUCUCAAUCGUAUCCCACGAUCAAGACAAUUGGCUGAAUCCCGUGAAACCAUUUCAGAGAAGUUCAUUGAUAUCUUCUUUUUCUAAAGCAAAUCGACUUCGAUUCUUGAAUAAUCCACAUCACUUCUGCUUCUAUUGUAACAAAAGAUUCCCUUUUUAUGUGGAAAAGGCCCGUCUCAAUAAUUCUGAUUUUACGUAUGGACAAUUCCUCACUAUCUUGUUCAUUCACAACAAAAUAUUUUCUUCGUGUGGUGGUAAAAAAAAACAUGCUUUUUUGGAGAGAGAUACUAUUUCACCUUCGUCAAUCGAGUCACAGGUAUCUAACAUAUUCAUAUCUAACGAUUUUCCACAAAGUGGUGACGAAAGGUAUAACUUGUACAAAUCUUUCCAUUUUCCAAUUCGAUCCGAUCCAUUAGUUCGUAGAGCUAUUUACUCGAUUGCAGACAUUUCUGGAACACCUCUAAUAGAGGGACAAAGAGUAAAUUUGGAAAGAACGUAUUGUCAAACUCUUUCAGAUAUGAAUCUAUCCGAUUCAGAAGAGAAGAGCUUGCAUCAGUAUCUCAAUUUCAAUUCAAACGUGGGUUUGAUUCACACUCCAUGUUCUGAGAAAUAUUUACAGAGGAAAAAACGGAGUCUUUGCCUAAAAAAAUGCGUUGACAAAGGGCAGAUGGAUAGAACCUUUCAACGAGAUAGUGCUUUUUCAACUCUCUCAAAAUGGAAUCUAUUCCAAACAUAUAUGCCAUGGUUCUUUACUUCGACAGGGUACAAAUAUCUAAAUUUGAUAUUUUUAGAUAUUUUUUCAGACCUAUUGCGGAUACUAAGUAGCAGUCAAAAAUUUGUAUCCAUUUUUCAUGAUAUUAUGUAUGGAUUAGAUAUAUCAUGGCGAAUUCUUCAGAAAAAAUUGUGUCUUCCACAAAGGAAUCUGAUAAGUGAGAUUUCGAGUAAGUCUUUACAUAAUCUUCUUCUGUCCGAAGAAAUGAUUCAUCGAAAUAAUGAGUCAUCGUUGAUAUCGACACAUCUGAGAUCGCCAAAUGUUCGUGAGGUCCUCUAUUCAAUCCUUUUCCUUCUUCUUGUUGCUGGAUAUAUCGUUCGUACACAUCUUCUCUUUGUUUCCCGAGCCUAUAGUGAGUUACAGACAGAGUUCGAAAAGAUCAAAUCUUUGAUGAUUCCAUCAUACAUGAUUGAGUUGCGAAAACUUCUGGAUAGGUAUCCUACAUCUGAACAGAAUUCUUUCUGGUUAAAGAAUCUUUUUCUAGUUGCUCUGGAACAAUUAGGAGAUUGUCUAGAAGAAAUACGGGGUUCUGGCGGCAACAUGCUAUGGGGUGGUGAUCCCGCUUAUGGGGUCAAAUCAAUACGUUCUAAGAAGACAGAUUUGAAAAUAAACUUCAUCGAUAUCAUCGAUCUCAUAAGUAUCAUACCAAAUCCCAUCAAUCGAAUCACUUUUUCGAGAAAUACGAGACAUCUAAGUCAUACAAGUAAAGACAUCUAUUCAUUGAUAA